UUUCGCGUCAGAAACGACCUCCGAACAUGAUGGCACUGAACGAUGCUGGUCUCCUUUCGGUCAUGUAUCGCGAGAGGCUGCUUCCUUGCUUCAGUCCUGGUCUUACUUGCCAUCGUUGUGAAAUCCGAAUAACAACGAAAUGGCGGCGACAUUUGCUUACUGCAUAACUCUGGCGCUCGCGGCCACUGCGCUUGCAGCACCUCACAAGACCAGCCCGCAAUCGACAGCGGCGACGACGGCUGCGGCGUCCACUUGUCCUGCAAACAACUACGGUCCAGUCUUCUCGCGCAAAACAAGCUUCACAUUCCCGGUCUCCGUUACCACGCAGUACGCCACACCGGUCGCCAAAGCCACGCCAGCGCCCACAUAUGCAGACGCGUAUUCCGCGGUCGCGAGUCUGUUCUCCAACCAGUCAACAACAUCAUGGCCGAACUGGACGCCGCUGGGACUCGCUAUUCCUACGUUCGGCGCUGACCAGUACAACACUGCGGCAUGGAGCCAGCUGUGGAAUGACGCCAACCCGGCAAGCUUCACACGCGGCCUCUACAGCACCACGGCCUCGCCCACUCCCAUCCCGUCGUCUUCCUUGAUCAAGCCACCUCCGCUCUACUUCCAGCCUCCGGCCAACUGUUACAAAUUCCCGAAGAAUUUCAUUUUCGGCACAGCCUGCUCGGCGGGUCAGGUCGAAGGCGCAGUAGCCGACCAGGGCAAGUCACCCAACUUUCUCGACGUCUUGGCCAAUGUCUUGAACAUCGCCGGCAAGAACGCGAUUGGUGGUGGAGUCUUGGGUACACCAGAGGGCCAGAUCGUCAGCAAUGCGGUGUCUGCCGAGGGAUAUUAUCUUUACAAACGGGACAUCGAUCGUCUGGCUGCCGCAGGAUUGAAGCACUUCUCCUUCUCGCUAUCCUGGAGUCGCAUCCUGCCCUUCACCUUCCCGGGUACCCCGGUCAACUCGUACGCUAUUCAGCACUACAACGACGUUAUCGACUAUGUGCUCUCCAAGGGCAUGAUCCCAAUCGUGACACUUGCCCAUUUCGAUACUCCAUUGGCUCUAUAUGGUGGCGGUAAGGGCUACCUUGCCACCGUAGCCAAAGCCGCAUCCAACUCUUCAUACGGCUUGGGAGGGGUUAGCUUCGCGUACACCAGCUCUCGGUUGGAGGAGGCCUACGUCAACUACGCCAAGAUCGCGCUCGCGCAUUUCGCCGACCGUGUCCCGAUCUGGAUCACAUUCAAUGAGCCCCAAAUAGGCUCGGAGAAUGCCACCGCUGUGACCAACGUCCUCCGUUCGCACGCCCGCGUCUAUCGCUACUACCGCGACGUGCUCAAAGGCAAGGGUAAGAUUUCCAUCAAGAUGGGUAUCACGCCAGCAGUGCCGCUCGAUGCCACCAAUCCUUCGAGCGUGGAGGCUGCCAAGUUCUUCUCCGACCUUUACACUUUCCCGUACCUGUACCCUACCGUGUUCGGCCAGCAAUAUCCCGACAACUUCCUCAAGGCGCUGCCAGGUGCCAACCCGCUCACCUCGGAGGAGUUGAAGCUGAUUAAUGGCACUAUGGAUUUCAUCUCUCUCGACGCCUACUCGGCCCCUCUCGUCUACAACGCCGGCCAAGAUCUCGACGCUUGUGCCCGCGAUCACACCGCCAACCGACCUUUCCCCAUCUGUGUCAACGGCACUAAGAUCCUCACCACAGGCUGGGACGCAGGCUGGAACCCAAUCGGCAAGCCAACAGGCUACCUACUCCCCGGCCCACUCCGCACACAGCUCAACCUCGUCUGGUCCAAAUUCGGCAAACCGAUCCUCAUCUCCGAGUUCGGCCUCUCACCACCUCCUCCUCCGGGCGGCGAACUCUCCGACAACCUCUACAAUGUUCCCCAGACCGAAUACCUCCUGAGCUACCUGAACGAGAUGCUGAAAGCCAUCUGGGAGGACGGCGUGGACGUCAUGGGUGCGUUGGUCUGGACAUUUGUCGACGACUGGGAGUUUGGGUUUUUCAACACUGGGUUCGGAUUGCAGUACUUGAAUCACACCACCCAAGAGCGGGUUUACCGGAGGAGCAUUUUCGAUGUGGUAGACUUCGUAGAGGGAAAGAGGCAGAAGUGAAGGUAACUAAACGGGUUCCACUGCAGCAUGCUACUGAUGAAAGUGCUGGGUUCAUGGAAUACCUCAUGAUUUCCUGGGAAAAAGCAUUGUUUCCGGAUGGCGAUAGAACUUUCGAGAUCGAGUUGGAGAUCUGAAUAGUGUUAGCAUUUAUUUCGUUUUCAAUCUCAAGUCAUCACGUCGUUGUUCCAGGUG